GCGGGCGGGGCCGCGCCUGCGCCGCAGGGGCAGUGCGGGGCGGUGCGUGCGCGGCGUGUGCGCAGCUGCCGGCGUGCGCGGGGCCGCAGAUGGAGCCUCCCCCCGGCGCCGCAGAAAAUUCUAAGCUGAGACAUGUAGAAAAAGAUGUUUUGAUUCCACAAAUAAUGAGGGAUCGAGCCAAGGAGCUGUGCUUAGAUAAGGUGCAAGCUUUUACUAAAUGCUGUCAAGAAACUGGUUUUCUUAUGGUGGUGAAGUGUCGGCAAGAGAACACAGCAUUGAAAGACUGCCUGGUUGGCUACUAUUCUGAUCCAUCAUUCUAUGAAGAAUGCAAAGCAGAAUAUUUGAAGCAAAGAGAAGAAUACAGAGCAACUGGAAUUAAGAAAAAAAGACAGAAGGUUACUUCAAAUGUAUAAUUAAAACUUAAAAUGAACUUCUCACAUUUUAUAUACAACUUUGAGUUUCAAUUGAUUUAAACUGGCUUAAAUGAUCUGUACCCCUGUGUGGAGUUUAACUGAAAUACACAAGAUGAGAUGAAUGGAGAAUAAAAUAAUCUCUAAAAUUA